AUGGGAAAUCCUGGAAUAGGUUCUAAUGGUUUUUGUAUAAGGGAUGAGAUAGGUGACUUAGUGUAUGCACAAGCAGAAGAGAUUGGACAUGUGACAAACAAUGAAGCUGAGAUUUGUGCAAUAGUACAAGCUGUGAGAUGCUGCAAUAGUAAAAAUCUUAAUAACAUUAUUAUUCAAACAGGCUCACAGCUUAUUCAGAAGAUUUUGGAAGAAGAAUGGAAACCCCCAUGGAAUAUAGCAGUGUGGGUGGAUGAAAUCAGGGAAUUAGUUGGACACAUACAAAUAUCAUAUACUCACAUUCUUAGAGAAGGUAAUAAAUUAGCGGAUGCACUAGCCAAUCAUGUAACUGAUAAUGGUAGGGUCGACAACAUCAUAAAUCCAACAGCAGGACCUGACGACUAUCACCAGAGCUCAAGAAUCGAGGAAAAAAUUUCUCAAGAUUAA